UGUUAAGUCGCUGGGUCAGUCAUCAGCUAUGGUGUUGUGUGCCUGCCAAGCCAAGCCCGCGACCUCCGAGUGCCCGCAUAGCUUCCCCAAGCUCAGCCUCCACUUGCUGCCCCACCAACUUCCGCCUGAGGCACUCAAUCUCCUCUCUGUUCUGAGAUCUCGAGUCGCCUAGAUACUCUCGCUCGUGCUAUAUCCCUGAACAGCUUGAGAAGUGUUCUAGAUAGCCACAAUGGCUUCGCGACUGGUGCUGGUCCUAGGGGACUUGUUCAUUCCGGAUCGCGCUGCAGACAUUCCAGCGAAGUUCAAGAAGCUACUUGCGCCCGGCAAGAUUGGCCAGAUACUCUGCCUCGGAAACAUCACAGACCGUGAGACAUAUGAGUUCUUACGCGGCAUAGCGCCCGACCUACAGAUCGUCAAGGGCGAUUUCGACGUCGAAGCACCCAACCUCGCCCUCUCUAAAGUCGUCACACACGGGUCGCUGCGCAUAGGCUUCACACACGGCCAUACCAUCAUACCGCCCGGCGAUGGCGAUAGCUUGCUGAUUGCAGCUCGGCAAAUGGACGUUGACAUCCUGCUCUGGGGCGGCACACAUAAAUUCGAGGCGUACGAGAUGGAAGGCAAAUUCUUCGUGAACCCAGGAAGUGCAACAGGUGCAAUGACGACAGGGUGGUGGACGGAAGAAGAAGACCCCACACCAAGCUUUGUGCUCAUGGACGUUCAAGGAGACGUCCUCGUGCUUUACGUAUACCAGCUACGCAAAGAUGCAGACGGGAACGAGAACGUUGCAGUAGAGAAGGUAUCUUUUAGGAAAAAUGGUGGUGGUGCAGCAUAGGCAUGAUUUUUUGUCGUCAGACAGUAAUGGAACAGCAACACAAUGCAUAUACGACGGAAUAGUGUAUUUCGGGUGCAAUUCGAAUACACAGCGACUUCGAUGUUAUUGUUACGAUUUAGUCACUAAUUCAAUGCAUGCAUACCACAUAGCUGCUGCAUCCUCCGAGGACGUCCAAAAAACACAGUUAUCGCGGUAUUU